AUGGCGAGCCCGCGCCGCAGGAUCGAGACUGAUGUCAUGAAGCUGAUGAGUGACUACGAGGUGACACUGGUCAACGACAACACUUCGAACAGGCAGGAAUUCUACAUCAAGUUCAAGGGACCCACAGAAACUCCAUUUGAAGGCGGCGUUUGGAAGGUCCACGUCGAGCUACCCGACCAGUACCCCUACAAGUCUCCGAGCAUCGGCUUCACGAACCGUAUAUUCCACCCAAAUAUCGACGAGUUGUCCGGCUCCGUCUGUCUGGACGUCAUCAACCAGACCUGGUCACCAAUGUACGACAUGAUAAACAUCUUUGAGGCGUUCUUGCCACAUCUCCUGCGAUACCCAAACCCUUCCGACCCGCUCAACGGAGAGGCCGCAGCGUUGAUGCUCAGGGAUCCCAAGGGAUACGAGUCCAAAGUACGGGAGUAUGUCCAACGAUACGCGAGCAAGGAUGCCGCUGAGGAGGCCGGCGCCGAGAGCGAGGACGACGACGACAUGAGCUCGGUGGGGAGCUUCGGCGAUGACGACGACGACGAGCCUGCAGGCCAGAUGGACGACGUGUAG